AUGUCGGAGGUUGCCUCGGGGCUGGCCAAGCGGGCGUACUGGCUGUGUGGUAAGCGUGGCUGCAACGCUUGGAACUGGUGCGACAAGCGUUGGACGUGCAAAGUGUGUGGCACCAGUGCGCCCCCUUGGACGAAGGAUUACCGUACUGACAAGGGCCCCCCGAGAGUGGACGCUGACGGGUUCGUACAGCAGCCCAGAUGGAGGGCUGAACAGCGGGCUGCGAGGCGCUCAGCUUCCCAGCGGGCCCUCUCUGGGAGCACCGCGCCCAGCAGCACCCCCAACAGCAGGGCGCGGCGUGGGCGACCUUGGGGGGAGGCCAAGGCCCAGUUCGAGGAGCUGCAGGCGCAGCUCGUGGCGGCCAGGGAGCGCGUCGGCAAGCUCCAGGGGGCCCUGGCGCUCGGGCUCUCGGCUGACUUCCAGCGUGAGGCCGAGAGCGCCCUCCAGCUGGGCAAGGACCAGGUCGCAGCCCUGGAGCUGGCCGUCCAGGAUGCCCAGCGGACGGUGCGCCCACCUCACUCGGUGCUCCACAUCGAGGCCAACGCCAUUAAGAAGGUCGAGCGCCAGCUGGCUGCGGCGCGCACCAAGAAGGAGAAGCUCCAGAUGCAGGCGUCCGAACUGCGCGAACUCAUCGCGGAGAAGCAGGAGCAGCUCUCGGCAGCCGAGCUGGGAGUGGAUGAGGUCGCGGGGCAGAUUGCCGAGCUGGAGGAUACCCGAGCCAAGGUCACGCAGCAGGCGAUCCAGCGGGCCAACGUGGCCGUCGGAGGUGUUCCGAGCCCGCUUGGGGACGCAGUCCAAGGGCUGCUCACUCAGGUCGGCGCCCUGUCGGAUCUCCUCAAGCAGCACGGGUCGGAGCUGCCCCCGAGGUUUUCCGAGAUCGUCGGGAUUCUCAACACGCAGAAGGAGGCGGUCGCCGAAGUGCUCAGGCCCCGCAGCAGCUCGGCCACGACGCGUUGGGGGGACAGCGUCGGGGACGAUGGCCUCGCGACCGAUGUUGACGACAUGCCGCUUGACAUCGUGGCCUCUGGGGGGCCUGCGGCCGCCCCGCCCUCUGCAGCCCCGCAGGCAGGGCCCACCGCGGCUGGGCCGCCAGGCCCGCGGGCCAAGUCAGUGGACGGGCCCUACGGCCCUGCUGCGGCCCGCGGCCAGCACGGGGCGACCCUGGGCACGUGGCCUCAGGCCCUCGCCGAGCAAGGGGCGGCCCUCGCGGACAGCGACCCCCUGGUGGCUGCGGGACGUGCGAGGGCCCAGCUGCUGGGACAGGUGGAGGAGGUGCUGUGGUGGCUGCUGGCGCACCCGCGGCCAUCGCAAGCGGCGGGCGGCGCCGUGCACCCCUGCCCGAGGGGCUCGGCGUCCUCUGUGUCGUGCGCUGGGCAGCGUGCAGUCCGCGUGGCAGCCGUCAUGGGCAAGGCGCCGAUGGUGGACAGGGGGGGAGGCCAGCAGCUACGAGCUGGCCUUGUCCUCCUCGGCUGCAAUGGCAACACUUGGAGCAGGAGCAUCGAGGUCAUAGAGGCCUUCUCCAAGACGUGCUACUACUGGCUCGACGUGGUGGCGCGGCAGGAGACGAGGCUAUCGCAUGUGCGCCUGCCCAGUGCAGCGGCUCAGGCCCGCGGCCUGGGCUACGUGGCAGUCCUCCCCGAGGCAGCGCUGUCGGUCAACCAGGGGCCCCAGGCGACCUCAGGCGGGGCGGCGGUCCUUGUGCGAGUCGGCGUGCAGGCCGCCGAGUCAGAGUUCUCGCUGCCCUCCGCCUUGCGGCACCGCAUUCGCUGUGUGGAGGUAGCCUCAGCCUCGGGCCCGCAGUCCCUGGCGGUCUCUGAGUAUGUCCAGCACCCUGCGGGCCCGCGAGUCUCCGACCUGGUCCUGUUUUCGGCCUUCUCGGAGGUGACGGGCCUCUCUGCCGACAUCCUGCGGGUCCUCCAAGCCGUCUUCAACGUGGAGCCUGAGCCCCUCGUGGAGUUGGGGGCUUCGGUGCGCACCCUCAUCGCCCCGUCCUGCUUCGCCUCCAGGAUGUCUGCUCGCUUCCUGGGCCCGCGUGUGGAGGAGAUCCUCAUCGGCUGUGCGUCUACGGUCAGCUGUCUCACGUUGGGCAAGAGGCACGCAACGGCAGCCAGCAGGCCCAAUGCCCCUCUCUGGGAGGGGAUCUACGCCUCGCUGGACGUGGACACGCUCAAGGCGACCAUGGCCGCAGCUCACUGUACCGCCUGUGGCGUGCUGGACAGCAAGGUCACGGAGGCCCACCUCAGCGGCAACGGCCUUGCCGACAGCUGGGCCAAGGCAGGUGCGGAGCGGCACCGAGCCAGUGCGGUGGCCAGGCGCGGGCUCUUCGGCACGAUGGAAGUGGUGAUUGAGCUUUCAGGCGGGGAGGCGCAAGUCUCCCUCAUCUGGCAGUGGAUUGCCUUCGACAGGUGCGGAGUCGGCGCGGCCAAGCUGGAGCUGAUGGCGGGCACCCACGGCGGGGCUUAUGCGAGGCUUGGCGGGAGCAGAGGUGCGGCGCCCAAGCUCAAGGAGCUAUGGCCUGGCGCUGCGGCGGCUCGGCCCGAGCCAGCGCAGCCGAGGCGCAGCAUCGCGCCCAGGCUUGAGCGGCAGCUCGCUGUAUGGGCGCGCUUCUGGACCCAGACCCCCGAGGUUGGCGAAACGAUGGAAGGCUACAGCGAGUGGAUGGACCACUGCGUCGGCUACGUCACGCAGAUCCUGUCCCAGCCGCGCUUCGCCUCCAGGCUGCGGGCGCGUGGGAGGACGGCCGAGGAGUUAGCCGAGGAGAUCUGCGAGCGGGCCUGGGGGACUGGCAUGCCUGCGAGGAGGGCCUACUACAGGUGGCGCUACACGCUGACGCGGUCGCAGAUGAUCGUGUCGGACUGCAUACGGCGCUACGAAUACGUCUGCCUGCGGACGUGGAUGGCCGAGCUGCAGCGGGAAGGGCAGCCCCCGCCCAUUG